AUACAGCCUCCGCCCUGAAUAAAAACCUUAGGGUGCCUCGGACCUCAGUGGUACUGGGAAGCCUCCAGAGCCCCCAGAGGAGCCAGCAUGGUGGAGUUUGCGCCUUUGCACCUGCCGUGGGAGCGCAGGCUGCAGACCUUCUCGGUCCUGCAAUGGAUCUUUAGCUUCUUGAUCCUGAGCCAGGUCAGCAUCGUGGUUUUCAUAGGCCUCCUGUUCACAAGAUUCUGGUUGUUCAGCGUCCUGUAUGCCACCUGGUGGUACCUGGACCGAGACACGCCGUGGAAGGGUGGCAGGCGCUCGGAUUACCUGAGACGCUGGUUCAUGUGGAAGUACAUGAAGGACUACUUUCCCGUGUCACUGGUCAAGACUGCCGAGCUGGACCCCUCCCGGAACUACCUCGCCGGCAUCCACCCCCACGGGGUCCUGGCUGCUGGAAUCUUUAUUAACCUGUGCACGGAGAGCUCGGGCUUCUCUGAGAUCUUCCCUGGCAUCCGCCCCCACCUGAUGAUGCUGAACCUGUGGUUCCGGUCUCCCGUCUUCAGGGAUUACAUCAUGUGUGGGGGGUUGGUCACAGCAGACAAGGAGAGUGCCGCUCACAUUCUGAGCAGGAAGGAUGGCGGCAACCUGCUGGGCAUCAUUGUUGGGGGUGCCCAGGAGGCACUGAAUGCCAGGCCCGGGGCCUACAAGCUGUUGCUACAGAACCGCAAGGGCUUCAUCAAGCUUGCUCUGAUACACGGGGUACCUCUGGUGCCAGUCUUCUCCUUUGGGGAGAAUGAGCUAUUUGACCAAGUUGGGAACUAUCCUGGCUCCUGGUUGCGCUAUAUCCAGAACCAGCUGCAAAAGAUCAUGGGCAUUUCCCUCCCGCUCUUCCAUGGCCGUGGUAUCUUCCAGUACAGCUUUGGUUUUUUACCCUACCGCCGGCCCAUCACCACUGUGGUGGGAAAGCCCAUCGAGGUGCAGCAGGUACUGCAGCCGUCGCAGGAAGAGGUGGACAAGCUGCACCAGCACUACAUCGACGAGCUGUGCAACCUUUUUGAAACCCACAAGCUAAAGUACAACAUCCCGGCAGACCAACACUUGGAGCUCUGCUGA